UUAAAUGUGGGUAUUGAUCGUGGGGUAGAUCAUGCUUGUCCCUGAGAAUCUUCAGAUUACCGCUAGCAAGGGGGCAAUUGAUAUACCCAAAGUAAAAAUAUUUUUUAAUGCAUCAGCCCAUCAUUUGCUCAAACAAUGCACUAUUGCACCUGGGCCGACUCUGCCUAGUGAAAAAUUGGACCAGACCCGUACGGCUCCUGUAUGUAAACAACUGUGCCAUGGCCCGCCAACACUAAAUCAUAUAGUGGUUCCCGAUUGCCUCCAGUGGUGGGUUCCUCCCUCCACUCGGAGCACGGUUCCCCCGGUGCAUCAUUGCACCCAGACACGGCGCCCGGGCCCGCUAUUUCCCCCGGCUCCUAGAAUUGAUGCUUUGCCUCUCGUCCGAUUCCCAACAUUCGGGCCUGCUAUCUCUCCUGGCCUCUAUUGCCCUCGUCUCCCAAGCACGGGGGCUUCGCCUCUCGUUCGGUUCCCGACACCCGCUAUCUCUCCCGGCCUCCGGUGCCCGAGCCCGCUUUUGCCUCCUCUCCCGGCGUCGGGUCUUCGCCUCUUGUCCGGUUCCCGACGCCCGAGCCCGCUAUUGCUCCUAGAUUCCAACGCUAGGGCUUCGCCUAUCGUCUGGUUCCUGUCGCCCGGGCUUGCUAUCGCUCCCGGCUCCCGACACCAAGACUUCACCACCCUCGCGACGCUCAGGCCAGCUAUUGCUCCCAGCUCCCGGUGCUGGGGCUUCACCUCUUGUUCGAUUCCCGGUGCCCGGGUCUGCUAUCACCCAUCGCCCCCAGUACCCGGGCUUCGCCUUCCUCCCAACUACCGGGGCCCAGUAUCGCCCCCAUCUCUUAGUGCCUGGGCCGAUAUCUCCUAUGGUUCCCGGUACCAGCCGACAUACUAUUAUGCCUGGCUCCUGACGCUUGGGAUGCUAUCGCCCCCUGCUCCCGGCACCCGGAUCCACAAAAACUCACCCCACAUGGAUUAUUGAUUGCACUCCCACCUACACAUGUGUCAUUGCCCUAUUCUCAAUUAGUCUCAAUGUGGCAAGGUUGUUCUCAUUAGGCAAAGGCAUGGUUGACAUGUGUACAACCACGUGGCAGGUGCAAACGGACAUAAACGACACAUGUCCAG